CUGCCCCAUCAACUAAAGCCAUCAAAUCUGAGUUCCUCGAUAGUAAGACCUAUCUGUUCGGAAAAGAAAGUCUCGAAGACGUAGUCGAGGACUGUCUUGAAAAAUUAAUAAUAAAUAAAGUCCAGAGCCAGAUCGACUCACCCUUUAGGUAUGUCAGUUUAUUUGGCUUGGAGUGAAGAGACAAAAGUGGAUUCAUUAAGCAGUCUCAUUUCAGAAUUCUUUGUGGAUCCUGCAGUGACAUCAUCUAUCUUACCAUCAUUGUGAUUCAUCCUUACGGUACAACUUUUCUAUCCUUCAAAAGAACUUUUGUCUUCAUUGAAAUCAUUAGUUGUUGCCAAUGAUAUACCAGGGUUGGACACAGCCCUGGCUAAGAUAGACCUCCCUGCUGAGACUAUUUGUUCUGAAGAGCCUACUAUAGACCUAAGUAAGAGGAUCUUCAACCGUAAAAGAGUCAUCAUCAAUUACACUCUUGACUAUGUCGUCUCGGUUAUUAAGAAGGAUCUAAAGAGUUCAGGAGAUAAGGGAAAAUAUUUGUUGAAAUUUCUUGAGCAGACCUGCAAUCAAAUCUCUACAAAGGCUACUGUUAGCCUGGAGUCCCUCAUUGAUCUUCUCUAUGAGUUCAAAUUUAAAGAAAACAGGGAUUACAUUAAGGCAGUUUUCAUAAUAUUUGAUGACCUCGACCUAGUCAUUAACCCAAUUAAUGUUUAUGCUUGCUCUCAUAAAGUCAAAAAAGCAACAGCUUUGCCUUUGAAGAGUUGCUCCUACCAAGUCAUCAGGGAACAAUUCUUAAAAGACAUAAAAUGCUCAGAAUGAGAAGAUCAACUCAAAAAUGAAUCCACAAUUGAAAAACCGCUUUCUGUUCCGGAUGUUUCAGAAGAAGAGGAUUCAAAAGAAUUUGAGACUAUAAAUUUUACUUUUGAUAAGUCAAGGCCAUCUCCUAACAAUCCUAAAAGCCAAAAAUAAGAGAGCUAAACCGAAUAACAAAGCUAUGAGGACGUUACCUGAUUCUAGAAUGCUUUUGUCUACCUCUAAAAAGAGAGAUAGACUUGGAAGCACUCAGCCCAGCACAGAUUCAAAGUCAAAAUUCUAUAAAGAUAAAGUUUACGAGAGUAAAGAUCUCCUUGAAAUAUCCUUUAUAUUCGAUAUUCUUGACGAACAAGAAGCUUGAGAACUCAUGAAGGCUUUAUUCUGACAAAACAAAGAAGAAAAUGACUAUAUUAUCCCUUCUGUAGCCAAUAGACUUGUCAGACUUUUUGUCGAAUAUGAGAAGACCUUCCUCCUAGGCAUCAUGUUUGAUUUUGAGCUUGAACAAGACGGAGAUUGCCAUGAUUCUGAGAGAUCAGUCUCGUUUAUCACAAAUGCAUUCAAAUACUCCAUUUUUGCUAAGAAAUCUAAGAUUUCUGCUAGCAUAAUCAGAGAUUAUAUAGACUUCCUUUACAAAGGUAAGGAGAAUUUGAUUGAGAUCCUGUUGCACUUCAUGAAUGAGUACACAGAGUCCAACGGAACUCUGAUGUAUCAGUCAGGAAUAAUGAAUCUUGAAGAAAUCCUCUAUCACUUUGAAAUGAUGUGCACUAACUUCAAUUUCUACCAAGCUGAGUACUUCUGUAGAGUCUUCAUAAAUCUGAUCUCGAAGUACAACAUUGAUGAUACAGGUAUUGAUGCAGACAACCUGAUGGUCAAAGAGCAAUUGAAACUGAUGAGUUCUACCGUAGACAACCACUUCUUGGUCUGGAAUGAGAAUGCAGUCAAGAUCUGUAUCUUGGUUGUUUAUAUCUGCAAAAAGUUGAGAAAAAUACAUCCGGAAUUGGACAUCCAAGCAGUCACGGAUAUUUACUCUAAAAUCGCAACUAAAAUUAUCAACAAUUGAAACAGUAUACAUGAAGUCAAUGAUAUUCUGACCGAAAAGUGCAUCAAUGGCUACACUGCUCUUGAUCUCUUGGCAUACGAGAAGAUGGAUACCAUUUUAGAGAAUCAUAAAGUUGGAAUGAUCAUCACUGAUCUCUGGAAAGGGCCUUAUUUUAGAGGAAAUUAUCUUGAGUCUUCAAGUUCUUACCAAAUUCUGUCUACUUGUAUCAAUAAGAAAAAAUCUUUUUAUGGCUACUUGCCGAAUAAAGUUGAUGAAAUGAAGCGAAAGUGGUUCCCAAGCUCCUUGUUCACUAAUAAACAAUUUUAUUCUCCAUUUAAAUUUGAUAUCUGGAAAGCAUCAAUGGAUAUUGUGUAUUUUGUUAACGGAAUCAUUAUCAUAGUCUUAGCUUUCUACAUUCAAAUGUUUUUCCUUGAUGUCAUGGAGAAAUCAGUCUCACUUAGUCCUUCAAUGGUUGAGUUUCAAGAGAUAGCAGCUAAAAUGCAGGAUACUUCUUUAUCUCAAUCUGAUCUUUUAACACUUCAAACUCGGCUUGCAGAAAUCGAAGUGACAUUAUUACCUGAAGCUAAAGUAAUGAGAGAAGAUACUCAAUACCUGAUUCAUUUUAAUCUCCUAUUGGUCAGCUACUUCAUUCAAAAUCUUUCUCAGAUGUUGUAUGCUAAACUUAAUGGCAAGAAGGUCAUCUACCUCACUCCAGAAGUUUUCGUUAACUUCUUCUCAACCUAUGUGAGUUUAUACGGAUUCAUUUCCUGGCAUGCUGAUUAUACAAAUAUCUCGAUAACUCCUUCAAAAUACUAUGACUUAACCGUCCUGAAUAAUUUUAUGAAUGGGGCUUUUCUCCUGAAAGGGAUGAUCUACGCUACACUUACAGUGUCUCUUCAAUGGUGCCGUGUGUUUUUCAUCCUUCAGGCGAAUAAGACUCUUGGACCAUACAUCACAAUAAUUAUUCAUAUGGUUGGAGAACUUCUAAAGUUUGCUAUAGUCUAUAUCCUCAUCUUUGUAAUCUUUCUUUGUGCAGGAGCUUUGUUGUUCUUCAACAGACCAGAAUUUGCAGAUGAAUGGAGAGGAACCCUCUUCUUGUUCAGCUCAAUGAUGGGAAAUUUCGAGUUUGACACCUUCUCUGAGGACAAUUCGAGAAUUGAAAAGGAGUAUGGGUGGAUUUACAUGAUCUUGUUUGUUGUUAUGACCAAUAUUCUGCUUUUGAAUUUCCUGAUUGCUAUUUUAUCAAAUAAAUACACAGAGAUGGAGCAAAAGAGCAAAGUGCUAUACCUUCAGAAUAUAUUAUUGAUGAACCAAGGUCAAAGCAAUAAUGAAUACUACUCGUCUAUUGUAUCUUCUUUUGUGCCUUUGAAUAUUUUGCUUUUACCUGCUGUUCCUUUUGUGGUAUUAAUGAAGUCAAAGAAGUUAAAUACGAUACUGCUCUACAUCUGAUAUGCUCCAUUUUCUGUCUUAGCAGUAACCCUUUAUUUAAUUUCUGCCUUAAUUGUUACUCCAUUAGCUUACAUAAGCCUGACUACACGUUGAAUAAAAGACAUUUUCAACUUCAAGACCCGAAUUCGGAGCGAUUCUACUAAAACAAUCCAAAGAAUUACAAAGAAUGUUUCACUUAUCCUGGUUGGACCAUUUUACUUGAUUUUAUUAAUUUUCAUGGACACUGUGGCCUUUUAUCUUGAUUUGUUCCAAGAGAAUAGCAAGAAUAAACACCCUAUACCUUUUAACGAUCUCAAAUAUAAUAAUGUCAAGCUAGACCCUUUUAUUAUUCAAGUUUUAAUCGAUACUAUUGAGCAAGGAGAGUCAAGGAUUGACACUAGGUCUCUCAUUGUACAUUUUAGAAGAAAGAUGAGGGUCAUUGGCCAGAUCAAAAGUAUUCUACUUCAAUUUAAACCCAGAGAGUAUGACAAUGACGAAGAGGAAGAAGAUCCUUUAUCGACUUUCUAUCAUUGUCAACAGUUUGAGAUAGCACACGACUUUGAUACUCAAUUUGUCACAAAGCAUGAUCCAGAGUACAUCCUGAAGCAAUACAAUGUUCUCAAAAGACUGCUAAUUCGGAACUCUAUUGAGGAAGACAUGCUUACAUUUUCUCUGAAUCAGUCUUUAAACAGCUUAUACAAAAGAAGCUCGACUGAACUUUCGCAGGUUAAGAAGAUUGAUCCCCAUAUUGCCUUCAAAAGUAAAUUCAAGCUUGGCUAUAUUCACAGGGCAGCUUUCAUGGUGUUCCUAGCUUCCAUCAAAAACAAGAAACAGUUUAUGGAUCAUCUGAGUGAGGAUACUCCAUCCCUAGCAGCAAAUGAUAGCUCUAAGAAUGAUAUUGAUGGCAUGGAUUAUGAGUACAUUGAGCACAAGCUUGCCAGCCUCAGAGCGAACAGGUGUCAUUCCUCCGUAAAAAGUGUGAACAAUGAGACUGAAAAUGACACCAAACCAAGCUAGACUUGACUUUGGCGAUAGUCCCCCAUUGAUUAUCUAAUCUUUCUAAUUUGGAAAUCUAAAAUUUACUUUUG